AUGAGCUUUAAUAUUAUUAUUUUUUAAUAAAAUAGAAUUAUUGCUUCGUACGAAAAACUUUCCUCAUUCAGCUGACGACUUCAAAAGAAAAUAAACAUCUGUUUAUAAUUCUAAUUAAAUUUUUAACAAAAAAAAUUUUCUUUUUUUGUUUAGAAUAAAAAUUUCAAAAAUCAAUUUCUUUAGAAAAAAUUAGAAAAUGUCUGAAAAUUUUGAUGUAGAAAAAGUUUCAGAUGCUCUAGAACAAAGUCUCAAGGACGAUGAUGAUGUGUAUUUGGAUAAUUAUUUAGAAGCUUAUAAGGAAUACAAUAAAUUUUUCCAAAGUCUUGGAUCAGUUUUUAAUUUCGUUAGUUCUGAUGUUAUUACUAAAAUUGCUGUAUUGGAAGAUUUUCGUUAUAAUGAUGACAAUAGUGAAUUAUUUGCUUCCAUUAAAUUAAUGUUAGAUUAUGAAAAGUCUAAUGAGAUGUUUAAAAAUAGUCGUUAUGUUUCAGGAAGCAGAACAUUAUUAAGAUUACAUCGUGGCCUUGAGUUCAUUUUGGAGUUUUUAAUGCAAUUAUCAAAACUUUCCCCGAGUGAUAAAACAUCAGCUGUAUGUCAAGCAGCAUAUAAUGAUACAUUAGCAAAACAUCAUCCUUGGGUAAUAAGAAAAGCUGCAGUUUUAGCAAUGUAUACAUUACCAGUUCAACAAGAUCUACUCAAUAAAGUUUGUACUGAUGUUGAAAAAUCAAUUACAAAUUUACCAAAAAUGUUACGUUUAACAAAAGUUGUCUAUGAUCGAACACAUAAUUUAUAUACCCAAUUUGAUUUACACGGUUUGCCUUAAAAAAAUGAUAAAAAGAAAAUUCGUUCUUCAAUAAAAAUUUUAUUACUUAAUAUACUUAAAUUAUCCUUUAAAAGUUUUUACCUUAAAAGCAGCUAUGUAAUUCGUUUUUUCCUAUAAACAACACCUAAGAAAAUAUAUAAAAAAUUAUGGUACAAAGGUAUUUGUGCACAUUCCAUAUUUUUUUUUUUUUUAUUUUGUAUUUAAUUAUAUAGGUAUUUAUUAAAAGUAUUAAAAAUGCUUAAUAAUGCUUUAAAAGCACUUUCUGUUUUAUUUAUUACUUAAUUUUUUUUUUUUUUGAUAUAGUUUUUAAGCUUAUUGUACAAAAAGUAUCAGUUUGAAAAUUGUGAAAAAUGUUCCAAGUAAUAAAUUAUAAUAAUAUAAGAUUUAAAAAUUAAUAAAUAUUUUUUGUUAUAUCAAAGAUUUACUAUAAUUAAGAUAAAUUACUUUUGAAUUUUUACAAUAAUUUUCUUUUUAUCUAAUAUCUAUUUAUAAAUUUUAAUUAUUUUUAACAAAUAAGCUGUUUUAAGGUACACAGGUUGUUUUAACCGAACAGUUGUUAGAUAAAGUAUAUACAUUAGAAAAAUAAAAAUUCUUAAGUACCUACCUUAAUAAUCAAAAUUAAUUAAAAGUUUGGGUCCCAAAAGGAAAAAAAAUUUAGAAAAUAAUAAUGUGAUUAAAAAUGUAGCCCAUAAGUAAAACAAUAAAUACAUUUAAAAAUUCAUAUCCAAUAAAAUAGAAAUACGAUUAAUAAAUUUAAACUUGAAUAAUAUUUUCUAUUUGGCACUCAAAUUCUUCAACAUUUUUAAUUAAUUUUUAAUUUAAUUUUAUUUUUAAUUUAUGAAGAAAGCAUUAAUUUUUUCAAAACGAUUUCAAUAUUUACACAAAAUAUAUUCAAGAAAUAUCAAAAUUUUUAAUAAAGAGUGAACAAUUAAAUUUUUUAUUUUUUAUUUGCAAACACCGCUUUCAAUUAAUUCGGUAUAUGAAAAUAUUGACUAAUUAAAAUAAUUUUUAUCAAAAUUUAAAAUUAUCUAUUUUUUUAUUCAGAUUUUUUUUAAAAUU